CUGAUUAUUUUUGUAAUUAAAUCUAAUCUUAUGACUUUGGAUUCAAAUGGUUGACCCAUUACAUAAUGCUAAACUUAAGCUGAUAAUUAAAAUUAAUCAUCUGGAGCAGAAAGCUUAGAGAAUGUGGAUUUUUGGAAGAAAAGGGGAAUCAGGGUUUGGAGCUUCUUCAACAGCUGAAGAUGUUACCAAAGGAAUCGAUGGAACUGGUCUCACCGCCAUUGUUACCGGAGCUUCAAGUGGUAUAGGCACAGAGACAGCACGGGUCCUUGCUAUGCACGGUGUACAUGUGGUGAUGGGGGUAAGAAAUACAGAAGCCGGUAGAACAGUUAAAGAGACAAUACUUAUGGAGACACCUGAUGCUAGAGUUGAUGUGAUAGAGUUAGACCUCAGCUCUCUAGCAUCUGUAAGGAAAUUUGCAGCCGAGUAUUGUUCAUUGGGCCUUCCUUUAAACAUUCUCAUUAACAAUGCAGGGGUUAUGGCUCCUCCAUUCACGCUUUCAAAAGACAAGAUUGAACUACAAUUUGCAACCAAUCAUUUAGGUCAUUUUCUUUUGACGAAUCUUUUACUGGAUACCAUGAAGAAAACUUCACGUGAACAUGAAAAAGAAGGAAGAAUAGUGAACGUAUCAUCCGAGGGUCAUCGAUUUGCAUACAAAGGAAUUUACUUUGACAAAAUAAACGAUGAGUCAAGUUACAGCCCCAUAUACGCCUAUGGACAGUCAAAGCUGGCCAACAUACUGCACGCUAACGAGCUAUCAAGGCAAUUUAAGGAAGAAAAGGUGGAGUUGACUGCAAACUCGCUGCAUCCUGGUGGCAUUGCAACCAGUCUUCUACGUCAUCACAGCUUUCUUGAGGGUGUCGUUGAUUGGGUUGGGAAAUACUUCCUCAAAACUAUCCCACAGCAACCACAUGCUAUGUGGCAUUACACCCGCAAGUCAAAGGGGUUAGUGGCGAGUAUUUUGUAG